AUGUGGCACAUCCCUGCGCUGAUAUGGGAAUCAACAAAGAAGGAGUUGGGAGCAGUAAAGGCGGGAUCUGGAGUCCAGGGGGAGUGCAAUGCAGUUAGUGCUGCAGGAGUGACGGUUUCUGCAAGGUCGGGGGAGACUGAUUGGGAAACCGCACACAGGCGUCUAGGGCAUGUGGCUAUGCCAUUGCUGCAGCAACUGCAUAAGGAAGAAGCAGUAAAGGGGCUGAAGCUUUCUGGGCAACCAAAUGAUACCAAGUGCGAGACGUGUCUGCUGAGCAAGUUCACACGGUUCCCCUUUCACGGCGUAGCUGGGAAAAGCAAGGCAGCACUGGAACUGGUGCACAUGGACCUGGUAGGACCUUUUCCAGUUCAAGGAAGAAAGGGGGAAAGAUACUUCCUAACAAUAGUUGAUGACUGGAAGAGCAAGGGGUGGCUACUCUGGGAGCCCUCAAAGAAUGUGCUGUUUGACAGUCGGGAUGUCAAAUUUGUGGAGAACAUCAUGUAUGGCAAGUGGGAGAAGCAGCCAGAGGCAAGGAGUCUGAUGACGAAGAGCCUGCAUACUGCUUUUACGCACCAAUACAACCUCCGAGCAUGGAUCAUGCGCUAGCCAGGCCUCAACGGGGGAAGUGGCUUGUUUCAAGAGAUGCAGAGUACAACAGCCAGAUGGAGAAUCACACAUGGGACCUGGUGUACUUGCCAAAUGGGAAGAAGGCAAUACAGUGCAAGUGGCUGGCAAAAAUCAAGACGGAUGAGAAAGGAGAGCCAUCAGUUUACAAGAGCAGGCUGGUGGCAAAGGGGUUUCAACAGAAAGAGAAGGAAGAUUACAAAGAAGUGUUUGCCCCAACUGCUAAGAAGAACAGACAGUGGUCACACCUUUGCCUUCCGAGUUCAAACUCAUAAAGGCAGCUGAAGGAGAAGGAGUUGAGUGUGAAGACCAGAGGCAAUUCCAAUCCAUGGUCGGGAGCCUACUCUAC